AUGGAGAGGAGAGGUGGCGGAUGGUGGAAAGGGGGAAAGGGGGUCGGCGGCCACAACUGGAAGAGGGGAAAACUCGAAAUGGUGGCGGACAGUGGAGGAGUUGAGGGGAGGGGAGAUGGGAUCCGGUGCCAAGAAGAGGACACAGAAGGGAAGAAGAUGAGGGGAGCGGGUUGGGGUGGUGUUGCCGGACAGAGAAGCGAAGGUGGCGGCGGUGUGGUGGGGAGGGUGGACAAUGGGACUCGGCGGCGGCGGGGAACCGAGCGGCGGAGCGGAGGAGCGGCAGCGGCGGCGAGGCGACGACGACGGCAGCGGCGGCGAGGCGACGACAACGGCAGCGACGGCGGGGCGACGACAGCAGCGGCGGUGCAGGCAGAGGCAGAUCUUGGCGACGACGGCGGAGGCAGUGGCGGUGGCGACGGCGACAGCGGCGGAAACCCCUUGGGUUUCCUUUCGGCAGAAACAGAGUCUGUAGUGGCCGACGGUUGUUUCGUCGGGUUCGAGGGACAGGGCCGCAAGAAGGGCGACGACGCUCUUCUUCUUUACGGCAACGGAAACCACUCAUGGCCCGUCGACAUGCUCCGGUGUACGUAG